AUGGCCUCUGGAAGCAGAUUUUUCCAAGAAGUGGAACUACCCGAGCAAAAGUCUUAUGGCCAUGGCAUUCGUUUCCCAGUUGUGUUAACGUCAAAAUUAAUUACCACAAAAGAAAAAGUACUAGAAGCGCUUGAAGAGGCUAUCAGAGAUGAGAAGCCUUGGCUGGAAUCUCUUUUACGGGAAAGGGGCGUUAUUCUUUUUCGUGGCUUCCCGGUUAUCACUCCUUCUGAUUUCAAUCAAGUUGUGGAAGCUUUCGGGUACCCUGAAGCAUUCUACAUAGGCGGCCGAGCUUCAAGAACCCAAGUAGUUGGUAGAAUUUACACUGCAAAUGAAAGCCCUCUAGAUAAGCGAAUUCCUUUCCAUCAUGAGAUGACCUAUGUUAAGAAUUUUCCAUCCAAGUUAUUUUUCUUUUGUGAAGAAGAACCAGGAAGCGGGGGACAAACUCCAAUAGUUUUGAGUCAUAUCGUAUAUGAGAAGAUGAAAAAGAAGCACCCAGAGUUUGUUGCAAAGCUAGAGGAACACGGAUUGACGUAUACAAUAGUAACAAGUGACGAGGACCAGCAUUCGUCUUUCACUGGCAGAGGCUGGAAGUCUGUAUACCAUACAGAUGACAAGAAAGUUGCGGAAGAAAGGGCGGCAAAGCUGGGAACAAAACUGGAAUGGAUGGAGAAUGGUGUGAAAACGAUAACAGGUCCACUGCCAGCCAUUAGAUGGGACAAAGAAAGCCAACGCAAAACGUGGUUCAAUAAUCUGACUGGCCCGGUGAAUGGUGAUGCUAAAAUUUAUGACAAGGGUACAUAUGUCGACCUUGGAAAUGGUGAGACUGUGCCUAAUGAUGCAAUGGAAGAUUGUUCGAACAUCUUGGAAGAAGAAUGUGCUAUAAUACCUUGGAAGAAAGGCGAUGUUAUGUUUGUUAAUAACUUGACCGUCCUUCACAGCAGACAACCACUGCUAAAGCCUCCUCGCCGCAUACUUGCAUCCCUUUGCAAGUGA